GUAUCAGCCAGUAUCUUCAGAUCAUCACCAUUCACCACUUCACCGCCCAGCCCAGCCAGACUCUCAUCAGGCGAACCCGUCCGUCCACCACCCGUCGGCCGUCGCCAUCGCGCGCCACUUCCGCUGCAGUUCUCGCCCUUUUCUCCCUCCUUUCGCCCGCUGCCGGCUCGGCCUCGAUGUGCACCCUCGGCGCGCACGCCACUACGCCAGGGCGGGAGCCAGCAGCAGCGGUAGGGUAGCGCAGUGCUUAUCUUCUGUCUAUAAAAUGGGCACGCACGCGCACGGCAGCAGCCGCGGCCUCACUUUCCCUGCGCGCUCCCCACCUCAGCUCAGCUUCAGCCCGCCGCUCUCCAAGGUCGCCAGCGCCAUGACCCCUAAAGGUGGGCGCGUGGGGGACGUCGGCAGCAAGAAGCCGACUCCGCGAGCACAUCCGCGCUACGUCCCCAGGAGAGGGUCGGUGCUGAAGGGGAUCGUUCGAGGCGUGCUGGGCCUCGUCUUCACUCUGAUCAGCGCGCCGGCGAACUCCGGCGGCCACCGCGUGCGCCCGGCGCCGCCGCCCGCGCCCGGAGAAGGGGGUGAAAGUGAUGAUGGCGCGGAGCAGGGGAAGUAGGUGGGUGCUGGUGGGGUUUAUCUGCGCACUCACUCUGCGGUGGCGAUCGGCUCUCGACGACCCAAACUUUUAUCUGGGCCGUCCGUUCACUGCUUGUUUGAUGUUUGUGUCGUCGUAGCAACUUUGCAGUACGUUUUGUUCUUGCACAUGUACCUACGCGUCGUGUCUCCUUGUGUUUACAUCGAGUCUCCAACCACUGCUAGUGCUUGUGCUGUGGUUUUUUUUGUUUGUUUCUGCAGAUGGUUUUUGAGCAGCUGAGCAGAUAUAUCUCAGGUGCUAGUCACUCCAAUUUCCUUCUGUUAAGAGUU